GUUCUUUUUUUUUUGUCGCCUGCCAUGGAACUGGAAUGCGAUUUGGGUGCCAUACAAAACGAGGAGCUGCUAAGGAAAAUGUGGCAGCAAUCGGAGGAUAGCGAACGCAAGCGGCAAAUCCGUUCGCAUCUUUACAAGUUGCGUGAAUCGCGUUUGAGAAAUCUCUAUAGACACGAACCGGAUAAUCUAACGUUUGCGAUGUCGGAACCGAAUGGUAAUACUCUAUCUGGUUAUGCUGGCAAAGAUCCGCUGGCCACCAGCCACGGCGAUGCGCUGCUCGAUCAGAACUUUCAGAGUCUCAAGUCGAAGGAGGUGCGCGACUCGAUGAGUCCCACGCACGAGCUCAAAUUCCAUUCGAUGAGUCUGACCCAACCGAAUAGCACCGGCUGGGAUGUUCAGACCUCGUCGGAGGUGAGUCCCGAUGGACGUGCCUAUCGCACCGAAACUCUGGCCAAAACUGAUGGUGUUGAGAAGCUGAAUGGUGGCGGCAUAGCCGAAUUCAAGGGCCGCAACGAGCAGCGCUCGAGCGCCUCACAUCAGGGCGACGAUAAGAACUACGUGAAGCAGGCGGCGGAGAGCUCCAAUACCCAUCUGCAGGAGAAGGUUGUCUUUGGCGAUGAGAGCAACGGUGGCCGUACCGAAAUGAAAAUGAGCUCCACCUCAUCCUCGUCGACCUCCAAGUUUGUGUCCUCCUCAACCGUUGAGUACGGCAAUGAUGAUGUCGCUCAGCCGCGCUAUUUGCUGGACAAUCAGAGCACAAAUCGCCAGCAGCGAGAGCAGCGUGAGCAGCGUGAGGUGCGUGAGGUGCGUGAGCAGCGGGAUCGUGAGGAGCAGCGUGUGAAGGAGGAACGAUUCCAGGAGCAUCGACUGCAACAGCAGCAGGAGCAAAGGGAGCAGCGGGAACAGAGGGAGGAACGCUUCUCCGAGAGCCGUGAGCAAUUGAAGAGCACACGCAACGUGGAGACCCAGCAGCAUUACGAGGAGAACAAACGCUAUGUGGAUAUGGACAAGGCAUCGCCCGAAUAUCAACGGCAUGUGCAGCACCUGAUGUCACAGCCAGGCGAGAUCAUCUCCAAUACGGUUGAGUAUCCCAAGCCGAAUGUCAAAAUGAUUACCACGGUCAAGCGUCUGCCGGACGGCACAAUUGUCAAGAACAAGCGCUACGAAACAGAGCAGGUAACUCCCUCCCAGACCCAGACCCAGACGCAGACCCAGACACAGACCCAGACUCAGACUCAGAAUAAUCAGCGACGCGUGCAGGAGACACGCGACGUGGUGGACAAUGCUGAGCCGUUGGUGCGUCGCCCCUCCGAGACGGCCGAGGAGCUCGUCAAGCAGGAGAGCUACUCGACUGUGAAGAAGUCAAGUCGUCGCUACUCCACGGAGACCACAUCGGAAACCGUGCAGGAGUACGAUGAUCGUGCACCACGGCCGCAGCACGGCCGUCCGGAGGGCACUCCAGCCGCACGGGCAACGAAUCCCGUACAGGAGUUCCCCAACCAUCGUCCCAGCACGCCGAAUCGCUCCAGCGAUUUCUCGACACACGGCUUCCCCUCGGUGCGGGGCAACAAGCCCACGCAGGAGUUUGCCGGCCAGCGACCCACCACCGAGGAGUACGUGGUGGUGAAGUCGGAGAAGAGUCGCAACGUCAAGCAGAGCAGCAGCAGCACCUCGCAGCGCACCGUCGAAACGGAAUUCGAGCCCAGCUGGGAGCAGCCACAGAGUCCGCGACGUCCGACGCAUGUCGAGGAUUUCAGCACACACGGUUUCCCCUCGGUGCGCACCGACCAGCCGGACGCGGAGCUGCCCGCCAGCCCGAGCCGCCGGCCGGAGCGCAUCAUUGAAACGCAGGUGGAGCGCGAGCGUCGCCCUCAGCAGGUGAACGCCAGUCCGAGGCGCCCGCAGCAGGACACGGCGACAAAGUCGCCGACUCGCAAGCCCAGCCGCAGCACCACUGAGACCACAAGCACCGCCAACACAGUGACGCGCCGCCAGCUGCAGAAGGAGCGGGAGGUGGAUGCAGCGCAUCGCGCGUUCGCCGCCUCGCUGCGCAGCAGCUCGCCAGCCGACAGCGUUGGCUCCACGGGCUCCCACCAUCCACGGCGCGACAGCGGCCAGACGCCGGAGCCGCAUGCGCAGCGUCAGGCGCCGCGCUGGAGCAUCUCGUCGAGCAGCACCAAUCGGCGCUCGGGACGCGAGGGCUCCCACGACAGUCAUGCGCCCUCCGAGUCCAGUCGCAUCAGUUCCACCACGGUCACGCGACAUGUGGGCGUGCCCAAGACCAUUGCCAAGACAACCGUUAGCAAGCAGCAGCAGCAGCAGCAACAACAAACUGUUGUCAAGACACGCAGCGUGCAGGGAUCGAGUGAGACGAUUGAUCUGACGCCGCAGCGUUUGCCCAAAUCGCCAACAGCAAAAACAACAACAACGACAACGACAACGACAACAACAACAACAACGAUUGGCAAUAAGCCAGCAACACCAGCAACACCAACAAAGCCAGCAACACCAACAACUCCAACAACUCCAACAACUCCAACAGCAACUUCAGUUCCAGCUAGCGAGCCGUCUCCUGUGACAGAUAACCAAUCACAGUAUACGUAUGCUACUACUAAGCCAGACGAUAUAUUCUCUUUGCCACCUACCAAACCUACAACACCUAUUAUUAACAACAACAACAACAACAACAACAACAAUGAAACUACAACAACAACAACACUAACAACCAAGAACAACAAACCCUCAAUCUCAACACCAAACGACGAAUUGUUAACUAAAACCAAGCUGAGCUCAAUUGAGGCAACAACAACAACAACAACGAGCGCCGUACACGAACCACCCUGUGUCCGUCGCACUUACUACAAGCUGGGCCCAGCCGCUGCGACAGACGAGGCCGACAUAGCCAAGGCGGUAACAAGUACUGAGACCGUUGGUAAGGCCUAAAAAAAAAAACAGAAAAAAA